AGAGAUCAGCCGCUGGUAUAGUUAGAACGGCUGAUGGAACCUUCUGAGUGGGCCAAGACAAUGGAGCCUAAUGCUAAUAUGGACUCACAUGGGUUAGAUAAUAGCACAAAUACAAUACAUCAAUUAAUACCAGAAAGUCUGAAUACGCUGAGAGCUAGCGGUGAUCACCUAACGCUGGAUUUGUCCCAGCAGACAAUUCAAGAUAAUAAUCAACUGAUGGAAAUUGGGCAACGCACAAACUCCUCAGCGAACAAAGACUUGAAACAUGAAGAAAUAGAUCACCUUUUGCACAAAACAAUUCCCAAAGAGGAGAAACCUUCCGAAUUUACUGAGAGUUCAAAAAGUUUUAUAAAAAAGGAAACUUCUAAAUCAGAGCAAUUGACUGAAGCACAGGAAAAGCCUUUUAAAUGCACCGAAUGUGACAAAACGUUUGCACGUAAGUUUUGUCUCCAACAACACCAAAAGCUUCAUACAGGGGAGAAUCUUCAUAUCUGCAAAGAGUGCGGAAAAGUUUUUGUACAAAAAUCUAAACUGAUAUGUCAUGAAAGGAUCCACACAGGUGAGAGACCGUACAAAUGCAAACAGUGCGGGAAAGGUUUUCCAGAAAAACGUACUCUUGUGAUUCAUGGAAGAACCCACACAGGUGAGAAACCGUACGCAUGCUCAGUGUGUGGCAAACGGUUUAAGCAGAAGCCAGCCCUUGUAAGCCACCAACGAGUUCACGGUGAGGAGACGCCUUUCAUGUGUACGGAGUGUGGGGAAGGUUUUCCAGUAAAGAGUCUUCUGAAAUCUCAUUUACGGACUCACAGAGUGGAACGACCAUUUACUUGUACAGAGUGUGGGAAAUGUUUUCAACAAAAGUGUCAUCUCAAUUAUCACAUGCGGAUUCACACAGGAGAAAAUUUAUCCACUUGUAGAGAAUGUGGGAAAAGUUUUAUACAACGAAUUAGUCUCAUUAUUCAUGAGAGGACUCACACGGGAGAAAGACCUUUUACAUGUACCGAGUGUGGGAAAAGUUAUACACGGAAGUGUAAUCUUGAAACUCACAAGUGUAUUCGCCCAGGGGAGAAACUAUAUGUUUGUAUAGAAUGUGGGAAAAGCUUUACACAAAAGAGUAAUUUCAUUUAUCAUCAAAAGUCUCAUAGAAGGGAGAAACCUUCCUCAUGUACAGAGUAAAGAAUCUUCUCAAAUUGUAUUUGUGUUUAAUGAUGGAGAGAAACCGUACAGAAGAGUAAAGCGUAAGAUUAGUUUAAAGCAUUAUAGGGGUCUCCUAACCCUGCAAAUGAUUCCUACUGAGCCUAUUUAAGUCAUUGACUGGGCAUAAUGUGGAAAAUAUUUAAAUAAAAUAUCCAUCUGCUAAACCACCA